AUCGGUGUAGGUAGUAAUAGAAAAUAAAUAUAGCAGAAGCCCAACCCAGCCCAAUCUUGCAAAACCGCGCUUUUUCUUUCCACUAUAAAAGCUAUGUUUCAUUUCUCUCUCGAGUCACAUUGGCGCGAACGAGGGCACAGAACUUUUGAGCAAAACAAAAAUGGCGGAAGAAUACGAAACCGAGAACGAAGCUGAGGUUGAAGAAGAAUUCUCGGUUUGGAAGAGAAACACUCCUCUUUUGUACGAUCUCUUCAUUUCUCAUCCUCUCGCAUGGCCUUCACUCACUGUUCAAUGGCUCCCUUCAUCUCCUCAACCUCACUCUCACCCUUCCUUUAACACCCACAAACUCCUCCUCGCCACUCAUACUUCCAAUGAAGAACCUAACUACCUCAUGCUCGCUGAAUCAUCACUCCCCGUUAACACAUCUCAACCGAUUGUCUUUGAUGAUCCUCAAAACCCUAUUCUUCCUAAGGUGGAGAUUACGCAAAGGGUUCUUGUUGAUGGGGAGGUGAAUAGGGCACGUUCUAUGCCGCAGAAUGAUAGUAUCGUUGCUGCUAAGACUUGUAAUUCUGAGGUUUAUGUGUUUGAUUUUACGAAGAGUCGUGGAGAUGGUUGUGAUCCUGAUUUUAGGUUGAAGGGUCAUGAUAAAGAAGGUUAUGGGUUGUCUUGGAGCACUUUUAAGAAUGGGUAUCUUUUGAGUGGUUCUAAUGACAAUAAGAUUUGCUUGUGGGAUGUGUUUGGUGCAUCUGAAAAAAAGGUGCUUGAUGCUGUUCAUGUUUAUGAGGGCCAUGAAAGUAAUGUUGAAGAUGUGUCUUGGCAUCUGAAUAAUGAGAAUUUAUUUGGGUCUGGUGGAGAUGACUGCAAAUUGAUAAUUUGGGACUUGCGGACAAACAAAGCCCAACAUUCACUAAAACCCCAUGAAAGAGAGGUGAACUUUGUUUCUUUCAAUCCGUAUAACGAAUGGAUUUUGGCUACAGCAUCUUCAGACACCACCAUUGGUCUCUUUGAUAUACGGAAGCUUGAGGCACCACUGCAUUUUUUAAGUAGCCACUCAGAUGAGGUAUUCCAGGUAGAAUGGGAUCCUAACCACGAAGGACUAUUGGCAUCAUCUAGUGCUGACAGAAGGCUGAUGGUUUGGGACCUUAACAGGAUUGGGGAUGAGGUGAUCGAGGGAGAUGAUGAGGGUCCUCCUGAACUACUCUUCUCUCACGGGGGUCACAAAGGAAAAAUAUCAGAUUUUUCAUGGAACCAAAACCAGCCAUGGGUAAUCUCAAGUGUAGCUGAGGACAAUUCUUUCCAUGUCUGGCAAAUGGCAGAAAGCAUUUACAAUGAUGGUGAUGAUGAUGACAUUUGGAUGGGCAAUACCAACACUAACUAGAAGAAGGCUCAAAGGCAGAUGCUUUGUUGUUCUGUUUGUAUGAUUUUAGACCAUUUUAUCUGUACCAGUUUUUUGUUGUGUGGAAGUAUCGUGAUUGUUUAAACAAUGAUGGCAUCAUAGUAUCAUCCUCAGGAGCUUUCAUAAGCAGAACAGAUGUAUCAAACUUAUAAUAUUCUUGGUUUAGUAGCAAUCUAAAGUAACAUAGUUGGGGAUAA